GAGUACGAGGGCGAGUACAACGCAGCGGGAGAGCGGGAGGGGCGCGGCGUCGACCGGUACGCCGACGGCAGCGUCUACGAGGGCGAGUGGAAGGCGGGUGAGAAGGAGGGGCGCGGCGUCUUCCGGUGGGCCGACGGCGACGUCUACGAGGGCGAGUGGAAGGCGGGUCUGCCGGAGGGACGCGGCGUUGAGCGGUUCGCCAACGGCAGCGUCUACGACGGCGAGUGGAAGGCGGGUAAGCGGGAGGGGCGCGGCGUCUUCCGGUUCGCCAGCGGCAACGUGGAGUCGGGCUUCUACAAGCAGGGUGCCCGUGUCGGCGAG